AUGACCAUUUGCGCGACAGCACUCAAACCCCGCAAUGAGCAAGGUUGUGCAAACCGACCGGAAGAAAGAAAAAAUGGUGAUCAUUGGAAUGAAAAAUGUAAAAAGAUGUGUCACUAUAGAGCAAAUCACAACAAUGCCCUGUGUAGCGCAUCCAAAAGGACAGGAAUGGAAGAAUGUUCCGUCGAAGUUGAAAAGCAUGAAAAGCCGGAAAUAGUUGCAACAACAGGAGCAGAGGUUGAACAAACGCUAAUUAAUCCAUAUGAACGAGGAAAAUCCGAAAAUAAAUUAGUAAGGAUAAGGCAUAAGCAAAUUGACACAGUCGGGGACUCACUGAAGGAGAAAUGGGGAAUACCAGAUAUAUUACUAGGAAUAGGAACGAUUGGACAACUGGCAAUUUCUAAUUUAAUAAAAACGGAAGAAUCUGGCUGA